AUGGUGCAAUUGAUCGUCGUAUGGAAGUUAUCAAGGUUUCCUCCGAUAUCUUAUCUAUUCUCUGAACGUAUUGUGUUUAUACAUGUAUGUAAAACAGACAUGACUGCAAACUGGAUUCCAAUAUUAGUUCUAUAUGUCUCCCAACAUAUAUUAGCUUGUGAUGACGUCAGCACAUCCGCCUGUCAGAAGUUUGCCGCACAAAACCCAGCGAUGUGUCACGAUGGGAGUUGUUACGCUACCCUGUGUCCAAGAACCUGUCACAAAUGUGCGUCUUUGAAAUGCUUCUCGUGUGGAACUGUGGCUAGACCUGAAAUGUGCAACACAACAAUAGAGUGUCCAAGCAAGGAUUUUGAAUGUAUUAUAGCAAAAUCCUUCACACAUGACUUUAGAGAAGAAUUUGCCCUUGGAUGUGCUUUACGAAGUGUUUGUGACAGUAACAACAGCGGAAUGUCGUGUUGUUCCACAGACUUUUGCAACAACAACCAGUCAAUAACAGCAAGAAAGCUUCCAAUCAAAAGGGAAAAUAAUGACAAAGCAGUGAGACAGACUGCUACCUCCUGUUCAGACAUUCAUGAAGACGGUUGUCGAGAUCUUCUUUCCACCGAUCCCAACAUAUGUGACACAACUUGUGCCAAAACACUUUGUCCUGUUACGUGUGGUGGCUGCAAACAGUGCUAUGACUGUGAAUUUGUUUCUGAUUCUAGUCAUUGUACCUCCAAACGUGUUUGUCAACCAGGGGAGUAUUGUUACCGGAUAGAAGCAGUCAGUGCGAACUUUGAGCACGGUUUUCGACUUGGAUGCGCAACAGAUAUUUUAUGCAGCAAAUUAACAUCGAUGGCGUUGAACGUGUUUGGACGAAAGCGAUCUGUAGCAGGUGAUUGUUGCCAUGGUAACCUAUGUAACGACCAUAUCAAAACCGUGACAACCACAACAAUGAUGGCGACAACACAACCGACAACUAAAAGAACAACAACAAGAACAACAUCUAAACAUCAUUCAUCAUGCCCGUGCGCAGGAACUGAUCAUUUUCAAGUCAACAAUGAGUGUUUCUUCGUCUCCAGUUCACACGGGACAAGGCAACAAGGAAAAGAUUACUGUAUAAGUCAUUGCGGGCAACUAGCCGCCUUUACAGACGAAUCCCAAUUGGAUACUGUCCGACACCGCAUCUACUCAUCAAGUCAUUUCCAUAAUCAUCAUUUCGACCACAUGUUUGUGGACGCUGUGAAACAUCACAAAAGUCACACACACCCUACAUACAUCUGGGAGUCCACUGGAAGGCCAGUCCCGACUAUUUUCCUGCGUCAUCGAAACAAUACCGCAACGUACAAUGACAUGUGUGCCGUCACAUCCGGUGUGCACUCGACUCACAUUCAGUCUGAGAGUUGCUCUGCUAAUCGUUAUGCUCUUUGUCAGCUUAGGAUGCAUUAAACAACGUUUGAUAUGUCCUUUU